ACAGCUCGACUUGGUGCAAAGUUACGUCGGGAAGCGGCGGCGAAACGUUGUGUAAUAAUGUGUUUUUUAAAACAGUAUUUGGCGUAGACAUCACCGCAUUUACCCCCGCCGAUAGACGCUCCACAUGAGAGAAAACACCGAUGUGUGUGUGUGGAUAGAAGAGCUGCUGCUUUCAGCUUCUUGGAUCAAGGUUCAUGCGUGUGUGUGUUUUUUUUUCUUCGGAUUUCGGCAGUUUCACUGGCGCUGGUAGGAACGAUGAAUAAGAGACCUGGCUGGCUGUGGAGCGCAGCAGGUCUGGAUGCUGCUCUGCAACACCAGGGCUGAGGAGCUACAAAGGAGUGAGGAGUCCACCCAGCUCACACCUGAAUAUCAGGCCCAGACUCCACCCUUCUGACCGCCAUCAGGCCUUCCUAAGCACCACCUCAGCUGUCUUUCUCACAGUCAUCCUCAUCAUCCAGGCUGUCAGCGUGUAGCUAAGCCUUGAACUGACCUUCGCUGAAAUUCAAGAAGCAGAUUCCUUCACAUCUCCAGCAGCCAGCCUCGUCAGGCGCCCCUGAAUAUUGUUAUAUGAAUCUGACUCCCAAACACAUCCAGCAAUCAUGAGGAACACCAGAUCGAGCCUUCUGCUGGGCUGCGUGCUCCUCUGCUCCGCCUCUCUGCUCUACUUGGGCAUGAGCGGGAUAGAAUGCCCUCCAAAAAGCCAUCGGUACAGGUGGAUGGAGCUCAACCUGGGCUCAGCCAAUCAGAGCUUAUCCCUGACUGAACACUUCCCUGAAGACACGCCGCUUAUCUUCAUCGGAGGCUUUCCCAGGAGCGGCACCACACUGAUGCGCGUCAUGCUGGAUGCCCACAAUCAUGUGCGAUGCGGGGAAGAGACCCGAGUGAUUCCCCGCCUCUUGGCAAUGCGGACCACCUGGAGCCGCUCAGUGAAGGAGAGGAUACGAUUAGACGAGGCCGGCGUCACUGACCAGGUGCUGGACUCGGCUGUGCGAGCUUUCCUGUUGGAGGUGAUAGUCGGUCACGGGGAGCCUGCACCUCGCCUUUGCAACAAGGACCCGUUCGCCUUGAAGUCUCUCUCAUAUCUGUCACGCAUCUUCCCUAAAGCCAAAUUUGUGCUCAUGCUACGAGACGGACGGGCAACGGUCCACUCCAUGAUAUCACGCAAGGUGACCAUCUCUGGCUUCGACCUAACAAGCUACAGGGACUGUCUGACCAAGUGGAGCAGCGCGGUGGAGACCAUGUUCAGCCAGUGCCAGGCAGCUGGGGAGGCCAGAUGUCUGCCCGUCCGCUAUGAGCAGCUUGUCCUCCACACGGAGGAGGAAAUGAGGAAGUUGCUUCACUUCCUAGAGCUGCGGUGGGACCCGUCAGUGCUGCACCACGAAGAGUUGAUUGGAAAGGCUGGUGGCGUGUCUCUGUCCAAGGUUGAGCGCUCCACAGACCAGGUGAUGAAGCCAGUGAACACCGACGCCCUCUCCAAGUGGGUCGGACACAUUCCCUCUGAUGUGGUGAGCGACAUGGCUGAAAUCGCCCCCAUGCUGGCUCGCCUGGGCUACGACCCCCACGCCAACCCGCCCGACUAUACAAGACCAGAACCCAUGGUGUUUCCGUUCAACUACUCACAGAGUUUGAAAGCAACAGAGGCUCCACACCCCAGUUAAACAAGAGAAGAAACAUGCCGUCAACCCGGCUUCGCUGUUACACGAUAUGGAUGCACCUUAAACACGGACUUCCAGUUCAGCAGUGAUUACACCUCACCGGAAAGUUUGUAAAGUGUCCCAUGUAUAUUUUUGAAUUGUUUGUAAGACUUGUAUGCGGUGUUAAUGUCUGUACACGGGUGGAGUGUUUAACAUACGGACUUAUCAUGGCGGUUUGGGGUGUUGGCUCUAAAAUCGCAUGUGGACUACCUGCUCAAGGAAGUUUGCUGCUUCUCACGUUUCCUCCACGGUGAACCGACAGUAUUACACUGCAUUUUGAUGCGUCCUCUCACUUCGUACCUGAAAGUAUUUCAACAUGUCUGUAAGUUGUUACAAUUCACCACAAAUGUGAAUGUGUCUUUUGACAGAUCUUUCACUUACUGAGAGCUCAGUCAGUGUUCAUGAAGCAUAAUGACUGUAUAUUUUUGAAGACGUACGUUUAUUUUCUUAAUAAAUUAUUUUGGUGUUGACCAUUCAUUCAGGAAUCUAAAGUUGUUUACUCUGAAUUGAGGCUUUUUAAUUGUUGUAUAUCGUUGAACACGAAUAAAAAGAUAAAUGUUACCUUCA